CUGGGCUAUCUACCAAUGCAGUGUAUACCUGGACAAACUGAACUCGGGUCAAUAAAAUGAAGGACUGUCUUAUGUAGACACGUGAGAAGACCUCUCCUCUAACACCAUGGUCCGAGUUACGCGAAGAGCCAACUCGGUCUUCGCCAGACAUGCGCCAAGCAGAAACGUCAAGAAGACGGUACGCAAGCAUAAAGUGAUUCUGGAAUCCGUUACGCAGGAGAAGAAGAAACUUCGCAGUGUCAUAUCUUUCGAAGCAAAAGCUCCUCCUGGUUAUACCUUCAUUCCUGCAGGCAACCCUCAGCUCACGACUGCGUGUAAGGAAGUCUGUCGGAAGGACAGUUUGAAGGUGUUCGCUGUUUCGACAACACCGCAUAUGCACACACACAACCUAUCCCAGCAUGUUCACCGGAUAGGAUAUCACUUUCCCAGCGCUGUUGUCGCAACAGUCUGUAUGGACCUGGGACUCCACCUUACAACAGCGGGGAAAACAAUGCAGUUUCAGACUUCUGCCAUUACCAAAGCCCGCAAGCGUACUAAUUCAGAAGCUUCUCAGACGACAAUCAACACCGAAGCAAGGGAUGUAAUCAAGGAUCUCUUCCCUAAUAUCCCGGACAAUGACCUGAAUCAAAUUGUAAAAACUGCUUUCCAGAAGGGUCAGCGCAAAGUAGGCACAGCGGUUGAAUUACCCCUAGCCCGCCGCUCCCAGCUCGCAGUUGUGGCCCACAUACGUCAUGUUUACACGGAAUACGAUCGUUUGUUGAAAGCGACAUCGUUCCACGAGGCGAGAAGCACGGUUGAAGAGCCUACCUUGGCCAAGUUGGUCGAAUGGCGGGGUGAUGAUGAGAAUGGAAAGAUCGUUCUUGAGGAUGUUUUCCGCGAAGUCAUUGUGAUAUCUGAUGACGAAGACAGUGACACCGAGGAAGAGCCAAUACAGCCCUUCGACCGUGACCAAAGUGUGGUGGUUGUCUCUAGCAACCCGCGUGCCGAAGAACUACAGACAAACCCAGUCACUUAUGCUAGGUCUAGCCUACGAGACACCCAGCUGGAUAUAUCGGACGAGGACGCACCGCCUGGAUUUCGUUUUGUCCCGGAGAUUCCUAAGAAUGACAAGCUUGACCGUCGUGGAUUCAGCCGAUACCAAGCAUGGGACCGUGCCAUUAACAGAUAUAGAAACAUAGCGGAAGGGGCUAAUCCACGCAGGCCGCCUGGUAACUCCCCCCAACUUCGAAGACCAUUGGUCGCUCGACAGCCCUUGCAAGAGACGGCCGAGUCUGGCACAGAUUCACUCUUCUUCCCUCUCGAGGAUAGGCGCACAUUCUCUGUUCCAUCCCAGGUGACAACUAAUGUGGAAACAUUCAGCACUGCGUCGAAGAGGGCAUACGCAAACCCUGCAAUGGAGCAUCAACCUUAUGCGUUGCUUCAUGCAACUGAAAGACCAUACCAGGUAAAGAGAUUUUCACCACAGCCCAGUGGGCUUUCCUUGGAGCGAGUGCGCCCAUCUCACGGAGAAAGUCGGAUUAUCCCCCGCCAGGAGUCACCAAAUGGCCCUAUUUUUGUGAGUAGCCAUAGAAACGUAUCCGGACAUCCAGUUGGACAGCAGCAGAAACCUCUGGAACGUGGCCACAGCAGGACAGUCUCCCACCCAGAGGAUCACGCCUUGCCCUCUAUAGAGAACCCCUUUCCCGCGGAACUAGGACGAUCCAAUUGUGGCCCCGUGGAGAACCUUGCCACGAGGAUGUCUGGAGGGUUCGCAAUCCGCUCUGUAACCCCCGCUCAUCUAUCUCCCCAGGACUUUCUCCGUCGAGAUAUCGAUGAGACUCUACAAUACCAGACAGCAAAGCGCCGACGAACCGCAUUCUAUCGGCCGAUACAAACAGAAACUAUCCGCCCUAGUCUUCCUUCUGCUACUGUGAGAAGUGCUCGUACAGGGGAACAGAUGGCUUCACCUGCAUAUGUCCCUCCGGGACGACUUCCGAUUCAAGAAAACCCUUCUGUCCGUAGGAAUCAUGCAGACCCGUUUGGAUAUGCCCAUGCUACUGAUCGUCAGCCCGAGGAAUACUCAUAUCCAUCCUAUACCACCCGUGUUAGGCUCAGGAAUGAGGGUUUCUCACGUCAAAUGUCUCACAAGCAUGACAAUGCCACAUUUGAUAUACCUGACCGUGAGAAACCCACUCAGUACAGGCCUCCGGCUGAGUCCCGUGUUGUGCCCACCUUACGGUAUGCCUUUGUCGAGGAUAAAAGCAAGGAAGGGCUGAUGCCCGCUCAAGCCAUCGGCAUGGUGAGAAAUGAUUAUGACCCGCAGGUGCCCAAGCACGAUGAUGACCGCUUAAGGCUGCCCGAGGCGGAAACGAUACAGCCAACUACAUGGAGUGGCAAAGACCAGGGAUAUGCUUUUGCUCCCCAAGAGCCACCUCAGAGAAAAGGUCAUUAUGCCGAUGACUUUGUUCGUGCCAUUGACCCGAGUAACUCUGAGCCAUUGGAUUAUCCGUUGGAGCGUCGUCUUCAGACAAACUAUACCCGUCCUGGAUCGGAUAGGGUUGGUCUUGUCUACGGUAGUCAACAAGUUAAUCAGCAGGCUGGACCGGAACUAAGACCCCUUCCGGACCGCACCCAUGCGGAUCCAUGGUCAAGAUCCGCUAUCCAGAGGUAUGGCGUAGUGGAUGACGGGAGUCAGCGCUAUCAUCAGAUGCAUGAUGCUUCAAAAGCUGCAAACCGUUACACUGACAGGUAUUACGGAGAGGCAACGGUACUUUCACGGGAACUCCUCGAGCCUCCACGCUACGGCUUACGAACCAAAGAACCACGGUGUCCUGCCUAUGUAAGAGAGUCUGAACGGUCUCGUCCUCCGGUUCCAGAGGGCAGAACCAUUGUUAUCGUGGAUUGAUAUUGUUACCCAUGUGAGGGGUCGGUGUCAACUUUGUACAUUCCGGUCGCCGUGUAAAUGUCUAUGGUGAUGUACAGUACAUACAUACCUUACAAGUGGAGCGUACAUGAUACCCAAUCCUGUAACAAAUUGAAGCUAUGCGCCAAGAAAUAUACUACUCUCCUUUAUGCUAUCAGUGU